AUGUGUGCCACCCACAGCGGCACGUGUGGAGGUCAAAAGGACAGCAGCUUGGGGAAGUUCUCACCUUCUACCAUGCGGGUCCCUGGAAUUGAAUUCAAGUGCACAGGAAUUCUGGAGUUUAUCAGCUUGGCUGUGGGGCUGAUCAGCAUCCGGGGAGUGGACUCUGGCCUGUACCUAGGAAUGAAUGAACGAGGAGAGCUCUAUGGAUCGAAGAAACUCACGCGUGAAUGUGUUUUCCGGGAACAAUUUGAAGAAAACUGGUACAACACCUAUGCCUCCACCUUGUACAAACACUCGGACUCGGAAAGACAGUAUUAUGUGGCCCUGAAUAAAGACGGCUCACCCCGGGAGGGAUACAGGACUAAACGACACCAGAAGUUCACUCACUUCUUACCCAGGCCAGUAGAUCCUUCUAAGUUGCCCUCCAUGUCCAGAGACCUCUUCCGCUAUAGGUAAUGGACCUCUGGUGCCACCUCUGUGACCCGUGUACUCUGCGGCCAUGGUUGGCUCUGCAAACACUAUACUCAUAGCUUUUCAGUCCUUCCUUCCUAUCAAUUAGAUAACAGAGAAGCACUUACUGUUCAACUUGACCCAGCUGUCCCCUUGUUCAAAGUGUAUAUCAAGGUUGGGUUAUUUUGGGGAGGGACAUGGGGGGAGGGGUGGAUCAGAGGG